CAUUUGGUUUUAAUGCUGUAUGGUAUUGUCAAGCAGAGAUCGACCUCGUCAGGCAAAGGUGUGGAAAAAGGCAAGUGUUGGUUAUUAGAAACACGUACUGAACCUGUUGCUGUGUCGUGUGGAUAAUUAUCCGUGAUAUUUUAAGGAAUCGAAGUAAUUUAGUAAAUAGUACAAUACAAUAUUUCAGUACAAAUAUGGUAUAUAUUUUAAUUAUCUUAAUGUUAACUCAGAACAUCUAUACAAUUUGUGCUGAUAUUCGCGUGAAAACAGGGCAGCAAAUUGUUGCUAACUUAUUUGAAGGGUAUUCCCCUGUUGUCAAACCACGAUUGAAUCUCUCGGAACCUGUUGAUAUCAAUCUAACAUUACAUUUUACGUCAUUGAGGGAAAUUGACGAACGACUACAGACGAUGACAUUUAUUGGUUGGAUAGAGCUGUCAUGGAUCGACGAGUUUCUAAUAUUAAAAGAUGGAGUGAAGAGUGUACAGCUUCCAAAAAGUACGAUUUGGUACCCGGAUGUAGCUCUAUUUAACUCCAUUGACGAUCCUCUACACAUCAGUGAUGGUGAGCAUAUUGUGCUUCUAGAAGAUGGACGAGUUGUGUGGUUUCCUGGGCGACAAUACAGUGUGAUCUGUCGUAUCGAUAUCAGGCGGUUUCCUUUCGAUACACAGAAAUGUCAGAUUCGUCUAGGCUCUUGGCAGACGCCUGUGUGGGUGCAACGGAUCGUGGACACCGGGGAUAGUCUUAGUGAUUUAGGAUAUGAGGAAAAUGGGGAAUGGGAGAUUAUAGACAGGAUAACACAGCCAGAAUACAAUAGCAACUUCAGGAUUUCCUAUGUUAUAUACGAGAUCCAUUUUCGUCGACUUUGUUUGUAUCCUGUCAUCAACACGCUUCUUCCGGUUAUCCUUCUCUCCUUCCUGAAUACUCUAGUGUUCCUUCUCCCUGCCAACUCGGGAGAGAAGAUGACCAUGUGUAUAUCGGUCCUUCUGUCAUUUACGGUGUUUUUGACCGUGUUUAAUGAUAUGAUGCCGCAAAUAUCGACCACAAUUUCGUAUCUGUCGAUUUACCUAUGUGUACAGCUCGCUAUGAGUGGAUUGGCUGUUAUGGAGUCCAUUUAUAUCUGGCGAGUUAAUUACCGUGAAAAGAACGAAACAAUAGAAAAUGUACAUGCCGGGUCAAAGUAUAACGGUAUAUUGCUGCCGAAUCCAGCAGAAGGUUUCAUGUUCAACACACAAGACAGUUCCCUGGGGGAAGAUUCGAUCGGACAGUUGGAUUGUACUGCUAAUCAUAUUGGAUACAUCAGCAAUAAUAACAUUGACGAUAAAAGAGCUUCACCUAAACGGCUGUCCCUCCCCAGGUUUAAACAGACAUAUUAUAUAACAGCCGAAGGAAGUGGCCGUCACUGUUAACUAAAUUCCAGACGUUUAGAUGUAAUGUGUUUCUGGAUCCACCUUUGUAUCACUUCCUUGUCCACAACCAUCCUUCUCAUUAUGUUCUGGAUAUAAGGUUCAUAGAAAUAGUAAAAUAAGUGAUAUUUAUCAAGAUUAAAAAUCACAAUUCUGUUGCAAUUAAACAGAAGUGACUUGACCAAUUGAUGUUAUGUGUAAUGGCUAUCCAUGGCUUGAUUGUGAUAUUUAAUUUGUUAACUACCUAUUAAUUUCGUCAAAGCAAGCGUAAAACGCAAGUUUCAGGAGAACAAAUAAAGCUCGUGUAAAUCAGACAUAUUGCACAAAAUAACCAUGCUGUUAUGGUAACAGGUAUAUAUAGCAGGUAGUGCGAGCGCAUGUUUGACCAAAUUUUACUUUAAUUGCUAAAAUGUCGACUCUUUUUCUCUUCUGUUAUAGACACUUGUGACCAUAAUGGCAUGGUUAUUAUGUGCAAUAUGACUGAUCCAUGAUUUAUGUCUGUUUUGCCGAAUUUGACGGGUAGUUUAACCAAUCAAGACCCAUGGACAGCCACGAUACAUAUUAACAAUUGCUCGAGUUACAUCUGUUUGAUUGCAACAUAAUUGUGAUUUUUAAUCUGGAUGGAUAUCACUUGCUUUACUAUUUAAAUGAUCCUUAACAAACACACAUUUUUUUUUUAUUUCAUAUUUUUAUUGACUGUUCCGAAGACAAUAUUUUCUCCAAUGCUUUACAAGAUGAUCCCGUGUUUGGUUUGGACGGGAUAAAUCGAUCUCAGCGUGUGUAGGGAAAGAUAGCUGGCACGCGGUAUUACGUCACUACCAAUUGUAGUGUGACGUCAUCAUUAAAGUAGCGUAACCACGUCGUAAAUUUAUAACGUCAUGAAUUUACUUCGACGCAAAUUCCACGGGAACUUGAUGUUGUUGCAAUGAAAAGGUUUCACAACACCUUAUUAUUAGAAAAAUAUAGUCAUACAUAGCCCGAGUGCUAGCCAGCCAAAAUCAUACAUGAAGGUCGAGAUAUGUCGGUCCGUGUAAAAUUCUAUCGAUGUCGUCUGUCAGUACACAGUAGUGUUUUGGAGACAAGAUAAGGUAACUUUGGUCAAGGAACACGAUGUGAACAAGGCAAUGUGUUAGGGAGAAGGUGUGUAGCUUAGCUAUAUACACCGAACCGAACCCUUACAUCAAACAGACCAUUAUAUCGCCACAAAAGAUGAAGCCAAUUGUGUCUUUUCUACUCCUCGCCUUGGCAACAACGGUAUUGUCUUGUAGCGACUGGUACCAGGGAGCCUCGUGUUAUUGCGCAUGCGAGGACACCGCUAUUGCCUGUAAACAGAACUGUAAUCCACAGCUGGGUGAUCCACAGGAUGUCAUAUUCCGGAAUGUGUGUACCGACUAUUGUAACAUGGACAGUAUUCGGUGUAUGCGCAAAUGUUUGACGUAAAAAAACAAUAUUGGUGAAGUAAGCAAAAUGAGAUCAGUAGCAUUUAACAAAUAUAGAAUUCUAGAUGUAUACAGGCAGAUUGUCAGAAAUAACACAAGGAAUUAAAUCAUAUAUUUACCGCA